AUGAUUACUACGACUAAAUGUAAUAAAAAUCUUGAAUCAAAAAAGAAGGUUUUUAAACGUCGUCAUUGGAUAACAGGAACAGGUAAAGAAGAGUUUAUAAAUGAAAUUAGAAAUGCUGUUAAACCUUGUUAUAUGCCAAUCAAUUUAAAAUCAAAAGUAAACAAAGAAUAUAAAGAUAAUUUUGUUUUGGAAUAUAAUGCAAUAAUUCAACCUUAUUUAAAUAAACCUAUAUGUUUUUCUGUUAGUCUUUAUCCAAAAAUAUCAAUUGUUCAUAAAAUAACAUACUUAGGUUAUGAAGAUGAAACUAAUAUGUUAAAUAAUAAUGUUGCAUUUAAACAUGAAACUUAUCGUGUAUCAAAUGAUGGAAUAAUUUUAGAACAAGAUCAAAUAAAGAAUAUAACAUUUUUUUCAUCAUCAAUAGAAGUUAACUUUUCAAAUGGUGUCAAUGGAAUUUUUACACUUCUUGAAAAUGAAAAAAUAACAAGUGAGGAAGCUGAUUUGUUACAUGAAAGUACCAUAUUAUUCAAUUCAAAUAUUUCCAUAAAAUUUAUCCCUGAUAAAAAUGCUCUUCAAAAAAAUGAAACAAAUAAAAAAGCUUAUGUUAUAUUUUUUAAAAAAUUAUCGUAA